AUGCCACCUAUCCCGCCUCCUUCUUAUCCCCAUCGCAUCGUACUGUAUCAUCAGACACUACACCCCGAUGGAGGCCCAUAUGUGUCUCUGCUGCCGCUCCUUAACAAUCACACCGGCACAACCCACGUCAUCCUCGCUGCGUUCCAUCUCAACGCUCCCAAUCCCAACCACAUCACCCUCAACAAUGAUCCUCCCGAUCAUUCCAAGUACGACGAGCUGUGGGCUGAAGUCUCUCUGCUACAGCAAAGCGGCAUCAAGGUCAUGGGCAUGCUGGGCGGCGCCGCACCAGGCACCUUUUCGCAGCUAGAUGGCGACGAAGCUCAAUUCGAACAAUAUUAUGUCCCUCUUCUCGGGGUUAUUCGUCGCCAUGGCUUGGAUGGUAUUGACCUGGAUGUCGAGGAGCCCAUGUCGCUUCCUAGCAUCGUGCGUCUUAUUGACAGACUGAAGGCUGAUUUGGGUGAGGGGUUUAUUGUCACCCUCGCGCCGGUGGCAGCAGCUCUUUUAGGUAUCGGAAACCUUUCUGGCUUCGAUUAUCGCUUGCUGGAACAGCAGCGUGCCGGUAGCAUUGCUUGGUACAAUACCCAGUUUUAUAAUGGCUGGGGCCCAGCGCACGACCCUCGCAUGUAUGCGGCCAUCGUCGCGCAAGGCUGGUCUCCAGCCAGGGUUGUCUAUGGCCUCUUGACCAAUCCAGGCAACGGUUCGCAAGGUUAUGUACCGCAAGAUGAGAUUGGACCUGUGUUGGCAGCGCUGGUAGAACGCUUUCCGAAUUUCGGCGGGGUAAUGGGCUGGGAGUACUUCAACUCGAUGCCCGGACAGCGACAAAAGCCGUGGGAGUGGGCAGCGCAGAUGUCAUUGAACAUGGGCAUGAAUAGGGUGUUGCGGAUAGCGAGGGAACUGUUGGCUUCCCGAUUGGGGUAG